CCUACACUCAGAACUUUGGAACAGGCUCCUGGCUCUUCCGCAAGUGCAGGUGGGAGGGGCAGCAGCAUUAGCCAUGGAGAAGAUUUCAGUGUCCAUCUUCCUGCUCCUGGUAGCCAUCUCUCACACACUGGCCAAAGAGAUUACACCCAAACCUGGGGCAAAGGAGGAAACUCGGCCCAAGCUGCCCCAGACCCUCUCCAGAGGCUGGGGUGAUAAACUUUUCUGGACGCAGACAUAUGAAGAAGCCUUAUACAAAUCGAAGACCAGCAACAAGCCCUUGAUGAUUAUUCACCACUUGGAAGAGUGCCCACACAGUCAAGCUUUGAAGAAAGCGUUUGCAGAAAGUAAUGAGAUCCAGAAACUGGCAGACAAAUUUGUUCUUCUCAAUCUAAUUUACGAAACCACUGACAAGCACCUGUCCCCCGAUGGCCAGUAUGUCCCUCGCAUCAUGUUUGUAGACCCAUCCUUGACAGUUAGAGCAGAUAUUACCGGCAGAUACUCCAACCGACUCUAUGCUUAUGAACCUGCUGACGCUCCACUGUUGCUUGACAACAUGAAGAAAGCCCUGAAGUUACUAAAGACUGAAUUGUAAAGAAAAGAUCUACACUUCUAUUCUCUAUGUUCAGCCUUAAUUUUUGGAGUAUUGAAGAGAUCAGGCAGAUUUUUGUUGAGAAACACAGAAACACUGGUCUAUGUACAGAAUUAGGAUUAUGGCUUCAUGUUGCUACAGCAAUUUUGUACUUGGUGUUAGAUGCAUUAGUUGAAAAAGAAAAAGAAAAAGAAAGAAAGAGCAUUCACAACAGUAAGC